AUGGCUUCACAACAAUGGAUAUUAGUUGGAAGUAAGCAACGUCAACGGCGACAGAUACGAAUGCGCACAAACGCUGCCGGACGUUUGAAACAAGAACGUAUCCGUAAAUUACGUGUGCAACGUUUGCUAAAAGAAUCAUCAUCAUCAUCAGCUGCAGCAGCAGCAGCUGCUUCUGCUGCAGCUGCAGCUGCAGGCAUGUAA